UAAACUGCUUCAUUCAAAAACGCUGUCAUCCUGUGAGCCUCAAUGAUAUGGCAGCUCUCAGCCAAUCUGUGACCAGCGCGCAAAGAUCAAAGAGGAGUCGAGCCAACCAUCUCUGCUCCAAACACCCAUCCCGAGAUGGAGCUCCUCUUCGGCCUAUAUAUUCAUGUGAGCUCGCUGUGGCACCGUGAGAGUGAAGUUGUCUUUGUGAAUACAUGAGAAGAGGGAAGGGAAGGGGCAGAUUUAGGUUCCACAAUAAGCCCCGUGUUCGCAACGAUUCAACCCUGGAACUGCUGGAGAGGAUGGCGACAGGCGCUGGCGACUGUGUCAGCAAGGCCGUUCAGUAUCGGGUGGAUCAUCUUCUCAGUGCGGUGGAGAGUGAGCUGCAGGCCGGCAGCGAGAAGGGGGACCCCACGGAGAGGGAGCUGAAGGUGUCGUUGGAUGAGAGCGAGCUGUGGCAAAAAUUUAAGGAUCUGAUAAAUGAAAUGAUAGUCACGAAGAAUGGCAGGCGCAUGUUUCCCGUGCUGAAAGUGAACGUGUCUGGUUUGGACCCGAACGCCAUGUAUUCGUUUUUGUUAGACUUCUCUUCGGCCGACAACCACAGGUGGAAAUAUGUGAAUGGGGAGUGGGUGCCUGGAGGCAAACCCGAACCCCAGACUCCCAGCUGUGUGUACAUCCAUCCAGAUUCUCCAAACUUUGGGGCACACUGGAUGAAAGCUCCCGUCUCCUUUAGUAAAGUCAAACUCACAAAUAAACUCAACGGAGGAGGUCAGGUAAUGUUAAAUUCUCUACAUAAAUACGAGCCACGAAUCCAUAUAGUCCGGGUUGGAGGCCCACGGAGGAUGAUCACCAGCCAUUCCUUUCCAGAAACACAGUUCAUCGCAGUGACAGCUUAUCAAAACGAAGAGAUAACAGCCCUGAAAAUAAAGUACAAUCCUUUUGCCAAAGCCUUUCUGGAUGCAAAAGAGAGGAGUGACAGUAAAGACCUGAGGGAAGAUGCCAAUGAAAAUCAACAAUCGGGUUACUCUCAGUUAGGUAGCUGGUUUAUUCCUGGCACAGGCUCCCUCUGCCCUCCUGCCAGUCCCCACAGUCAGUUUGGGAGUCCCAUUUCCCUCUCGCCGUCCCAUGGCUGUGAGCGUUACUCCACCCUUAGGAACCACCGCUCUGCCCCUUACACCAGCCCGUACGCCCAUCGCACCAACUCGCCCACUGGUUACUCUGAUAACUCGUCACCCUGUCUGUCAAUGCUGUCCAGCCAUGACAACUGGUCCAGCCUUCAGAUGCCAGGACAUUCGAGCAUGAUGCCCAUGGCACACAACUCCACCUCUGGCACCAACUCCAGUCAGUACACCAGCCUGUGGUCUGUGAGUAACUCACCCCUGACUCCAGUGUCCCAGAACGGGGGCAUAAACAACUGCCUCAGCUCCCAGUUUCUUCGAGGGUCCGGCAGCCACUACCCAGGCCUGUCACACUCGGUCACAGUGCCCUCCUCUGGCUCUCCCAUGUAUGACACCAGCAGUGCCACAGACGUGCACGACCCUGCUCAGUACGACAGCUCGCCCCACGGUCGGCUGCCUUCAGCCUGGACCCCAGUUACACCUCCGUCCCUUUGAAGGAAGCAUCUCUGCAAGCUGAGGGAAGGAGAGAGAAAGAGUUGUGGUGUAUUGUCGAUGCACUGCAGGGCCUUUAUAGGCUAAAGGAGAUUUAUGGUUGUCAUGGUAAAAUAAACCAAAAGGUAGCUUAUGAGCCUCAAGACCCCAAAACAAUCGCUUUGUUUGACUGACUUGCCAUCUUCAUGGCAAGUAAAUUGAAUAGGCUAGUUUUCCCCCUUUGGUUUAUUUUUCCAUGAUGUAUUUAAAUUUUUGUGAACCAAAAUCUGUUUUAAACUGCUUAUAUUAAGCAAAUACUCUAAGACAUCCACAUCGGUAUGCAAAAAAUCUGUGCAGCUGAUAAAUGCUAAGUGGUUUUUUAAAAUUGUUUAUAAUGUAAAUGAGAAUACGUGCCAAGUCUAUGUACUGUAAAUAGAUGGAGGAAGCUUUUUGUACCACAGUAUGACAGUUUGAAAUAGUUAUGUGUGAUGUGAGUUUCGGAUUAAACGAAAAGGAGUAUGUAAUGUCUAAUCUUGCUAUGCAUACGGUAUCCAAUUUUCCGUGUCAUUAAAAAAAAAAAACAUAUAUUGUA